CGGCAGCGCGGUUGAGGUCGUGAUUUGGUUGGUAUGGCGCGCACGAAGCAGACGGCUCGCAAGUCGACCGGUGGCAAGGCCCCGCGCAAGCAGCUGGCCACCAAGGCGGCCCGCAAGAGCGCGCCGGCCACCGGCGGCGUGAAGAAGCCGCACCGCUACCGGCCGGGCACCGUGGCCCUGCGGGAGAUCCGGCGCUACCAGAAGUCCACCGAGCUGCUGAUCCGCAAGCUGCCGUUCCAGCGGCUGGUGCGCGAGAUCGCGCAGGACUUCAAGACGGACCUGCGCUUCCAGAGCUCGGCCGUCAUGGCGCUGCAGGAGGCGAGCGAGGCUUACCUGGUGGGGCUGUUCGAGGACACGAACCUGUGCGCCAUCCACGCCAAGCGCGUCACCAUCAUGCCCAAGGAUAUCCAGCUGGCGCGCCGCAUCCGCGGGGAGCGGGCUUGUGACUGCGUCCCGGAUGACGUUCUCCAGGAACACCUUCAGCACGCCCCGAGUCUCCUCGUAGAUGAGGCCGGAGAUCCGCUUGACGCCUCCACGCCGGGCAAGGCGCCGAAUCGCCGGCUUGCUCGCAAACACAACCUUCGGAGGGGUGAGCGUACCGGUCCCCUUAAUAUACAAGACUGCCGGACCAGAUUGAGAACAGAAGGCGCGCGGCCGGGAAGCCCGCCCCAAAUCGUCCCCGCCCGCUCGGCAUCGCGUCCUUUCUUUGCCCUGUCCCCAGCCCCGCUUCCUCGCUCUCCACGGCUCCCUCUGGCGGGCUCUGUGAAACAAAAACCUACCGGCCGUUGUCCCGGGAGAACACAGAUCCCAACGCCAGGCUUCCGGCUGCCGCAACUGUCUUUCGCCUUCGUCUCUCUCCAUUUGCGGACUCCCCCGGCCAUAAAAUGUAGGCUAAGAAAGGUCUUUCUGGUGGGAGAAGACGAAAGGAAGGGCAAACGGAGUGGAGAGACGGGAGGAGAAUACAGCGCCGGCGCCGGGUCUCAUCCGAGUAAAGGGGCGCGGGGUUCCGAAGCACGGUUGCAGAGAACAGCAACAAAAGCAGACAUCAUGGCUCGCACGAAGCAGACAGCUCGCAAGUCGACCGGUGGCAAGGCCCCGCGCAAGCAGCUGGCCACCAAGGCGGCCCGCAAGAGCGCGCCGGCCACCGGCGGCGUGAAGAAGCCGCACCGCUACCGGCCGGGCACCGUGGCCCUGCGGGAGAUCCGGCGCUACCAGAAGUCCACCGAGCUGCUGAUCCGCAAGCUGCCGUUCCAGCGGCUGGUGCGCGAGAUCGCGCAGGACUUCAAGACGGACCUGCGCUUCCAGAGCUCGGCCGUCAUGGCGCUGCAGGAGGCGAGCGAGGCUUACCUGGUGGGGCUGUUCGAGGACACGAACCUGUGCGCCAUCCACGCCAAGCGCGUCACCAUCAUGCCCAAGGAUAUCCAGCUGGCGCGCCGCAUCCGCGGGGAGCGGGCUUGAGUGAGCGCUCGGCUCGAGGUUCCAUCCUAUUCAAAGGCUCUUUUCAGAGCCACUCACGUUUUCAUGAAGAGCAGCUGUGCAGUUUUUCGGCUGCGGCGGGCUUGCUAUAGCGCACCGGUGCACUGGAUAGAGACAUCAGGGGCAACUCACACGUGUAGGGUAGUGAUAUCAUAGAAUCAGUGACUUAGUCGGCUGGCGCGCUAGAGGGAACAGCUGAAAUGGUUUAUAGAUCGUUUUUGCCAGUCCCGCUUUUUAGGUGCGGAGUUACUUAAAGGUCUGGAGCGUCAGAUACAGAAAUUAAGUGGGAAGGCUGCCAUGUGGGUUUGUGAUAACGGCUGGAAUGGGAAUCUGCGUUUAUCAGCCAGAUUUUACAGCUGGGAGAACUAAACCAGAUGUAAGUCCCUG